AAAUACUAGUGUACUCAAAGGAUAUUUGGGGCGUAUUUAAUGCUGGUGUUGGUUAUUUUCCAGACUCUGGUGCUACUCAUCAACUAUCAGAGCCAACGAGGUUUCCGAGGUCUUUUCAUUACAUUCUUACGUUACACUGCUGGUACCUAGUUCAUCGCCACAGCCUUGGCAGUUGGAUAGUGGCGGCAACAAGGCACCUGAGAGGCUGUACUAACAUUAUGACCUUGGUCUGUCCCGGCCGCAGUCAUCGAAUGACCGGAGGGACUAAGUAUGAUUGUGAGCCUUUUGGGCCUCAUCCUUUUAUCAAUGACGCACGGAUUCUGCAGGGAGUCGGAGUCAGCGAUCCCGCCAGAACGGUAAGCAGAUUUAACUCAUUCUCACACAAUAGAUCCUCAGUCGCACACAAGUGGUAGACUUGGCUAUGUCGGAGCUAUCUAGAUGUAUACAACGUCGAGAUGACUGGUGGCAUUUAUUUAAAUGUCCAGAAACCCGCGCUCAGUUGGCCGCCGAAGCUCUUGUCGAGCCAUGGUUGUACAAGCAGAGUCAGGCUACAACCUCAGAGUCUUGCUGACUCCUAAUCAGGCUGAAUAUGUUCUAGAGGAAUUACAGGGCUAUGCAAGUCCCCGCGACGUUGAGAAUAAUUGUCAGGUUUCUUGCUUUGAACGCAUCUGGGAGUCUCAAGCUAUACUUGAUAGCUCAGCGUGCGCAAGCCUCAAUUAUCAGCUCUCUCGCUUUCUAGAAACACUUCCACACAAACUGGCACAUCGCGAGGGAGACGAGCUAACGCGCCACAUUAUAGAUCCAUACCUGCAUCCUCUCAUUUACGGUCGAACGCUUGCUUACAACUUAGCUAGGGAAGGGUUUCUUCGUCCUGAGCUAGUGCCCGACACUACAGACUCGACCAGUCCAGAUUUUCUCUCGCAAAAAUUCGCAUGUUUGCCUUGCGACUUUCUUAUCUCUCAGGAUGGCACAGCAAAGGCUCUCUCGUACAUAAAUAACCUCCACCCUUGCUACUCUACGCUCUAUCACCACUUCGAGGAGUUGCUCUCAAAAUGUGUUCCCAUGUUCGAGCACGUCCUCACGGACUUGCAUGCGGACAACCCAAACAAAGAGCGAAUCCAGGGACCUUCUUCGUCAGCAGAGUGGGAAGAAGCCGGAGCCUCCAGAUUUUUCGUGCGACUCCGUGGAUUACUCUGCGUUUGAGAACAAGAAGCGGCGGCGGAUCAUGCAUCGGUCGAUUGUGCCUGAUGUUUCGAUCACCGGUUACCCAGGUGGGCUUGAAAAACACCGAAAUAUUGUGCAACUCAGGGGGAGGACUCUUCAAGUCAUACAUGAUGUGUACGAUAUUUGCAUCGCGGCCCUGCCUUUCAGGGCUCUCAAUGGCGCGUAGAGGGCAUGAAGAACGAACACGUCG